UUUACCAGCCAUUGUCCUCUUCUACACAGAUUACUCUAUAUCUCUCCCUGAGUCUGGAGAGCACAGGAAAUCCUGCCUUCUCAUGUGCCUUCACUAAAGAAAGUGUAAACCUGUGUGCUGGCUCUGAUCUGUCUGCAGUCUUCCCAAACUGCUCCUGUAGUUUUUCUGACCAGAUGCUCUAUACUGGAGGUUUAAAAGUCUCUGCUACUGUUACUGUUGAGGAUCAGAGGAUCACAGAGAUGCUGACACUGAGGAACUGCUCCAGUAUCACAGAUCAUUCAACAAAUGCUUCUUAUACACAGUGUGUUCAGUGUGUAUCAUCUGGGUGUCACUGGUCCUCUUCCUCUAAGCGUUGUGAUUGGACACUUGGACCCGGACCACAGUCAAACAUAAAGGAUGCAUGUAAACAUCUGCUCUCUCAGAUGGACUACAAAAAGCCAGAGAUUCUUUCUCUAGAGCCCAACAAGGUUUCUUUCCAUGGCAAAAACAACGUUUCACUAAAAGGAAGGAACCUGGAAUCUGUUACUAAAAUCCGUAUUAAAGGAGAUCUGGACUGCAUUCCUAAAGAAUCUCUAGUGUUUGAUCGCUUCAGUGACACUUUAUGGUUCCACAUUCCUCCCAGUGGAACUAAAGGAACAGUCAAAGUGUGUGUUGUUACUCCUGACGACCGUUGUCAUGGUAACAGCAUCAUCACUUACGGUUCUCAGCCCAGCUGCACUGGGAUACAGCCCACAGUCAGCUGGAACAGUGGAGGAAGGAAGAUUCAUGUUCAGGGCAGCAAUCUGGAAUUUGUGGAAUCAGUUUCUGUCAGUAAUAUGAAAACAAAAUACAACACAAGCUCAGGGGAUAUGUGGUUUCACUCCCCCCAAUGCUAUGGUUAUUAUGAUUGUCGUUCUUUUAACUUGCAUGUGGGGGACUCCAGUCUGAACUAUGAGUAUUUGUCCUAUGAGCCCGAUCCAGUUUUCAUCGGAUUCACUACCUUUCAGGUGGCCAAUGAUCUACAGGUGAAAAUUAAGAAAAGGGCAGAUAUGUUGCAUUUGAGUGUGAAUGAGGUGACUGUGAUGGGUCAACAGGGAGAUCAGCAGUAUCAGUGUGUUUUGGAGGAAAUUCAGUCCAAAGCUGUCAUCUGUAAGAUUAAAGGAGAAUCAGGAGCCGUCACAGCAGUGGACUCACUCAAAAUCAACGUUGGGUAUUUUUCUACUUCCCUACGACAAGAAAGACCAGAGUAUUUGGGAUUUUUUUCUAUAGUAUUUUCUUUAGUAUUCGUAUUCUUUUGUCUUAUCUUUUUGAUUUUGUUAUCAAUUUGUCGGGUUUAACAUGAUUUCCGAUCUAUUUUUCCUGUUCAGUGGCCACUCCAAAUAAGAUAUAUACAAACAUACAGCCUUUAAAAGUGAAAUUGUGUUGUAAAGUUAUGUUUAAGUCAGAGUAAUAUCUCUUGUUCAGAAAUCUCCUGUUAGAUCUAUACUGUAGAGCUGUUCUCCAGACAGCAGGUGGCGCUUUAUACUCACAUAUUAUGACACGCUGUAAAA